CCGGUGGGCCCCGCGGCGCUGCCCGGCUCGGGAGGGCCCCCGCCGCGGCAGGGUGGCGGCCCCGAAGCUCCCUGCGCUGCUGUGGGGAUCCCCUCCCCGGCUCCGCCUCUGCGCUGUGGCCGGCGGAAAGCUCCCGCGCGGGCCCGGCCGCACCUGCGCGCCCAGCGUGGUUGUUUGAGAGGGGGUGAGGCCACCAGCAGCCCCUCGUUAGCAGGAUGAGGAGGAACAACGGGUCAGGCCCUCAGGUGCGGUAGGAGCCUGGGCUGCUGCCCCUAGCUCAGAGACUCUGUGGGUACUCUACUCGGUUUCUUGACAAAAACACCCUCUCCCUGGCAGCGAGCAGCGUUUCCAGUGGACCAAGUUAUUCCAGAUCAGAAAGAUGCCUUUUCUUAGUACAUCAGCCUCCCCAAAUCCCCAUCGGCAUUACACAAUACUCAACUUGAGCACCGUGUGCAGUUCUGGGCCCCCCCAAUUUAAGAAGAAUGUUAAGGUGCUUGAAUGCUUCCAGAGAAGGGAAACAAAGCUGGUGACAGGGCUGGAAGGAAUGUCCUACGAGGAGCAGCUGAGGACUUUGGGCUUGUCUAGUUUGGAGAAAAGGAGGCUGAGGGGUGACCUCGUGGCUGGCUGCAGCUUCCUGAAGAGUGGACGUGGAGAGGUAAAGAGCUUCGCCAGUUGUCCUUGGCACAGCUGCAAGACAGUUUAAACGUUCCUUCUAGUCUGUCUCCGUAACGAUGCCUGUGACCAUAAUGGGUGAGUCACCCGUCCCUGUCCUUGUCUCGAUUACCAAGCCUUUUGCUGUAAUUUCUCCUUCCCGGCGCUGGGGAAGAGAAGGAGGGAGUGAGUGGCUGUGUAGUGCUCAGUUGCCCUCUGAGCUCAAACCAUGUCAGGAAUACCUGAUAUCUGACACUGGAGGCACAACUUCCUGAGACAGCAAAGGGAAAAAAGAACACAUCAGCUAUUCUCUGAAUGUGUCCCAGCUGAUUAUUGCCUGUUUUAAACAAUGAAGCAUUCACAUUUGAGAAACUGCUUGUGUAUGAACCCUUCAACAGAGCCAUUAACGCUCUAUGAAAUGCCUCAAAAAUAAAAUAACUCUAUACUAAUAAUGUGAACAUUUAUAUAGAUCACCAGGAAGAUUAAUGUUAUGAUAAAUACAGUCAUACAAUUUUCACCAUAAAGAAUACCAAAUACAAGGGCUUUAUAAGGAAAGUUACUGUGUUGUGUAAAGUCUGCUAGAAACAGUCAACUGCCAUUGAAAAAAAAUAAGUCUGGUACUAUUUUUCUCACAGUGAAUAUUUCACAUUAAUAUUUCACAGAAGUUUAUGAGAUAGACUGGUGGACACAAUAGAAAACAGUACCGAAUCAGUUAAAUAUACCCCCAAAAAAGCUGCUGAUGUUGGAAGAAAAUCAAGUAGAUUGGAACUAGCUUUGAAACCAGCAUGUUAGUUAGUCUAACAGUGCACACCUGAAUAUUGUUACAUUCCUCAAAGCCACCUGAUUUCCUGUUCUAUAUAAAGCCUACACAAGCUCUACUAGAGGAAGAGUGAGGGAGUAUUUGGGUGGAUGUUUUUUUUUUUUUUUUUGCUUGCUUCUCCCCUCUACAAGUGAUAGAGGUUCUUGUAGCAUUAGUUCUGUUUCUUUAAUGCCUAUUUGAAGCUGUUUAUCAAAGCAUAUAUUAGGUUUUUGACAGCUCCUGUGUAAGAAGGUAAUAUUUGUGGUCUUUAUUGUAUAUGAAAGAACUAUGUAAUUGUAAGAACUGCUGGUUGUUGACUCUAAUGUAUGUGACCUAUAAUGAGCACUACCUUUUGAACUUUUUUAAUACUCUGUUAACUUCCUUUGUGUGAGUGUCUCCUAGUAAUGUAUUACAUUGAUUUCAUUACCCAGAACUGUAUCUAUCAGUUGUUUGAGAGUUGGGCUUAUCUAGUCUCUAUUUGUUGUGGCUUAUGGAAGUUUUGCGAUAUCUAAUCUUUGAACUUGAUAGUACCUUAAUGUUAUUAAAUCUUUCUAGUGUAGUGUCUCAUCUCUACUGAUGACUAUCCAACAGCUAAAGCACCUUGUGCACUUCAGUUUAAAAUGAAAGAUGAAAUUGCUGCCACAGUCUUCUUUAUCACAAGGCUAGUGAAAAGGGAGGACAAACUGAGCAAGCAUAAAAUGGAGAAAUUUGCAGCUAAGCUAACAACAAUACUGUUUGAAAAGUAUAAGAAUCACUGGUACUUGGACAAUCCAUCCAGAGGACAAGCCUUCAGGUGUAUAAGGAUAAACAAACAUCAGACAAGGGAUCCACUGCUGGAGCAGGCUUGUGUGGAGAGUAAUGUGGACUUUAAUAAGCUGGGUUUGCCAAAAGAGAUGACACUAUGGGUCGAUCCGUUUGAGGUGUGUUGCAGGUAUGGUGAGAAGAACCGGCCCUUCACAAUUGCCCACUUUGAAGGAGAGGAAAACCCAGAGCUUCCUCAGCAGAUCAGGUAUGCUGUUGACAGAGCAGCACUAGACUAUCAUUCUGGCAUUUCUUCAGAUGAGGAGAGCUUCAACAAGGAGCCAAAAGCUAUACCUACUGUCAGCAAUCCUAACAGUGUCUAUCAGGAAGCUCUGGGAAUUGCCUACUGGGUGAUGAGAGCAGCAAGGCCAACUGGACUGCUGGAUGCACUUGAACAGGAAAUUCUGAUACUUAUCAAGUGGCUGAUAAUAUUUCAAGAAAAUCCCAACAGACCUGCUAACCCUAAGGAGGAAAUAAGCUCAGCUCUGCGGAUGCAUAAACAUCAUCUAGGGCUCUGAUUUCUUGCAGUAAUGUUCUUGGAUGGACAUUCUCAGAACAUGGCAACUGCUCAUGCUGUUCUUAGAAAGCUUUGCAAGCAAUGAAUUGCAUGAUAAAACCUAGUGGUGAAAGACUUCUUCAUGUCUUCUACUGAAGCCUUUAGUGCUGCUAAUCUCUCUGCUACUAGACAAGUAUCUUCCAAAAUGGAUGCCUUGAACUGCUUUAGAGCAUUCACCACAUGGGUCUGUGACACCAGCCACUCAGCUUCCAACACCGCUUGGUAACUUCCACUGUGGGGCAGCACCUUGUCUUCCCGGAGGUGAGCUCCAUGUACCCGGGUGAUUUUCCCACUCAGAGGUUCAGUGAAGGAAUCUCCGAGAAGCAUUAUGUUUCCAGAAGGACCCACCAGCCCACCUAGAGGUAUAACUUCUCCUGCAGUCAAGGAACAGGAAAUGAGAUUCAGAAUGUCACCUGGCAACUUGUCAUUGUGGUCCAGUCCUUCCCAUUCAGAAAAAGGCAUGAUGAUCAUUUACGUCAGUGGAAGCAGAAAUAGGUCUAAUGGGACACAUGAAGGGGCGGGGGGAGAAGUUUAAGGCUGUUUAUAAAAUAAUGUGGCUCAUAAAAUGUUCUUAAAUAAGUCUUGUAAUUUCUACUGUAGAAGAAGAUUAAGGUCCCUACUCCUUUUUUUGCAUCUAGUGUAUCUUCUAACAUGAGUCACAAAGAAUAUAGGUGUGUGAAAAUGCUUUUAAAAAAUCUAGACCUUCAGCCCUCCAAGCCUCUAAAUAAUGCAUUUCUUGCUACUUUUAAUAUUUUAAUAGAGUAAUUGGACCAUCUUUAAGAAUUGAAUCAACUUCAGUAGUUUGUGUCAUAGUUAACGAAUUAUGAUCUCAGA